AUGCUGUUUGACCGGUUGUUGUUGCUCGAAGUUGUGGUCCCUUGUCUCUGCGAGUCUGCUUGUGGGCUCAUGGAUGAUCUGUACACCAUUGUCUUACACCAUGGGGGCAAAUUUGUGUCAGAACCCCACUUAAAGUACAUUGAGGGAGAGACCAAUGCAUGGGAGAUGGUGGACAUUGACAAACUGUCCAUUACAGAGCUACAAUACUACUUUCAGCAGCAUGGUUAUAAUAUUGAGUCCUACAAGAAGGUUUAUUGGUUGGAGUAUGGGUUCAAUUUAGAAGAUGGGUUAAGAGUUCUUGAGACAGAUGAAGACAUUCAUAGAUUUUGUGCUUCUGCGAAAGCUGCAAACAGUAAUGAACUUGAGUUUUACUUUGAUCAGCACUUACUGGAUUAUACAAAUGCAAUUAAAGACCUUACACUGGAUGUUUCUGAAGAGGAUGAUGACAGUGAAGGGCUUAGUGAUGAUGAUGAUGAUGAACCUACUGAUGAUGAUGACGGUGAAGGGUCAUAUGGGAGUUAUUCAGAUGGUUCUUGGAAAUCAGGACUAGAAGAUGCUGAUGUUGAACUACAAGAUGCUGAGGAUGAACAUGAUGACAAUGCAAUUGUUGGGACAGAUCAUCAAGUACAUCAUGUUGAAAGACCAGAAGAUGCUGAUAUAAGGGGAGAAGUCGAUGAAGAUUUUUUUGAACAUGAUGAAUACCAUUCAGAGGAAGAGGGAAUUGUCAAUGGGAGUGAUGAUGAGAAUGCUGAAGAUGUUGAAUGUUGGUUUGAAGGUUGUGGAGGUUUUCUAGUAAAGGGAUUUAAUCCUACCCACACAUGUUCAAGAAAGUUGAAGAACAAACUAGCAAAUAGGCAGUGGGUUGCUCAGAAGUUAGUGGAAGGGCUUAGAAUGUUUCCUAAGAUGACUAUUAAUGAUGGCUGCGCAUAUAUGUCUCAUAAGUAUAAGGUUAAAGUAUGUCAGAUGAAGAUCUACAGAGCCUUGCACAUUGCCAGAGAAAUUGUGGAAGGGUCAGAGAAGGAGCAAUAUGCCAAGCUUCAUGAUUAUUGUGCUGAGCUUAGAAGAAGCAAUCUUGGGUCUACAUGUGCGGUUGGGGUUCAGAGAGUGAACUUGUCAGAACCCCCACACUUUGAAAAAUUGUAUAUUAGCUUGGAUGCAACUAAGAAAGGAUUCCUUGCAGGCUGCAGACCUCUCAUAGGUUUGGAUGGUUGCCACUUGAAGGGCUAUUAUGGAGGCCAAUUAUUGACAGCAGUCGCUCAAGAUGGAAACCAUUCAUUCUAUGUUAUAGCCUAUGCCGUCGUGGAGCAAGAGACAAAGGAGACUUGGAUUUGGUUCUUAACAAGGUUACUUCUAGACAUAGGUGAUCAUGUCUUCCACGGGUGGGAAUUUAUGUCAGAUAUGCAGAAGGGGAUUCUACCUGCACUUAAGGAGUUAAGCUCCAGGAUGCACUCACAGAUUUUGUGUGAGACAUUUGGAGACAAACCUGUGGAAGAAUUGGAAAAACAAACAACUCAAUGA